CAUCUGACCUGGAAAAAAAAAUUAAAAAAAAAAAAAAGAAAGAAAGAAAGAAGAAGAAGAAAGAGAGAUCGUUUGGACUGACGGAUUCUAUGGUAUAUUAUUCUUUGAUUCCUUAGAAACGAAGGUAUAAUCAAAACCAGCUAAAUCGAGCUUUUCAGGUAUAAACUCAUGGCCACUGCAACUAUGGCUACUGCAGCCGGUGCAGCUGCUCUUUUGUAUUAUACAUUGAACCGGAAGCUACAUUCAAGUGCAUCUCAUGAUGAUGAUGAAAAUAAUAAUGGUAAUGUGCCCAGCAACGUCCCUUUGGGAAUUGAACGGGUAUCACAUAGGCUGAUUCAAGCCCCUGCAACGUGGGUGGAAACUAUUUCAACUUUGUCAGAGACUCUUAGAUUUACGUACUCUGAGACACUGGGAAAGUGGCCUAUCGGGGACUUGGCAUUUGGUAUCAACUUUCUACUGAAGAGGCAGGGGAACUUGCAAGUUGGUAGAGUAUUUGGUGGUAAAGAUAGUUUACAGCUGAAAGGGCCUGAAAUAACAACUGAACUUAGAUAUCUCUUGAACUUGCUGACCUUGUGUUGGCAUUUCUCCAAAAAGCCAUUUCCUUUAUUCUUGGAGGAGACAGGAUAUACCGAAGAUAAUGUUCUUCUUCAAGAACCUAAAGCAGGAAUAUUGAAGCCAGCUUUUACAGUUUUAGUUGAUCACAAGACAAAAUAUUUUCUCUUACUUAUUCGUGGGACGCAUAGUAUCAAGGAUACUUUGACAGCUGCAACAGGAGCUAUUGUGCCGUUUCACCAUACAGUUGUGCAUGAGGGAGGAGUCAGCAACUUAGUUCUAGGUUAUGCACAUUGUGGAAUGGUUGCAGCUGCUCGGUGGAUUGCAAAACUUGCAACUCCUUGUCUUAAAAAAGCUCUGGGGAAAUAUCCUGAUUAUAAACUAAAGAUUGUAGGGCACUCUUUGGGUGGAGGCACUGCUGCUCUUUUGACAUAUGUAUUGCGGGAGCAAAAAGAAUUCUUGGAGACAAGCUGUGUUACAUUUGCUCCAGCUGCUUGUAUGACAUGGGAAUUGGCUGAGUCAGGCAAUGAUUUCAUCACUUCAGUUAUAAAUGGAGCUGACUUAGUGCCUACAUUUUCUGCUGCUUCGGUAGAUGACUUGCGCGCAGAGGUGACAGCUUCUGCUUGGCUGAAUGAUUUGAGAGAUCAGAUUGAACGAACAAGAAUCCUUAGUACUGUUUAUCGUUCUGCAUCAGCCUUGGGUUCCCGUCUCCCAUCCAUUGCAAGUGCUAAAGCGAAGGUUGCUGGAGCUGGGGCAAUUCUGCGUCCAGUUUCUAGUGGUACCCAGGUUGUAAUGAAGAGAGCCCAGAGCAUGGCUCAGGCAGCAUGGACAACACGUCCUGCCCUGCACCUGUCUUCAUGGUCAUGCAUUGGUCCCCGUCAUCGAGGAACAAGUGUACGUUCCAACUCAGCAGAUGGAAGUUCCCCAACAUCUUCCUCCAGGGAAGAAACUUCUGGUCCUCUUUUAUCCCCUAAGAAUACCACAACUGUCAUAGAAACCCUUGAAGUUCCUGUAAGUUCUGGAGGAGCAGAAUGGACUACGGAAAUUGAAUGUUGUACAGAUGAGAUGGCUAAACAUGUUGAUGAAGACGCUGAUAUUGAAGAUGGUACACAACUAAUGAGCGAUGCACAUGAAGACCGAAUGCAUGAAGUUGAAUUGUGGCAACAACUUGAACAUGAGCUUUAUGAUAGAACAGAUGGCAAGGAUGCUGAUGUGGCAAAGGAAAUAAGGGAAGAAGAAGAAGCGGCCAUGGCAGAGGUUGGUGAGAGCCAGCCUGAAAGAACUCCAGAAACAAAGGAAGCGCACAGAUUCUUUCCUCCGGGAAAGAUCAUGCAUAUUGUUACCCUUCAAUUUGAUAGUGAAGAGAGUGAACCUGGUUCCCCUUCCAGUAGUGAUUCAGAAAAUGCACCGGAACCUAGUGAGGCUAAGAUUGGGAUUUUUCUGACCCCAAGAUCGCUCUAUAGUAAACUGAGACUUUCUCAAACGAUGAUUAGUGAUCACUUUAUGCCCGUCUACAGGAGACAGAUCGAAAAACUAAUUGAAGAACUGGAGAAAGAAGAAGCUGAUGAUAACCAUUACUGCAAUGAAGAGGUAGUGUUAUAGUGAAUCAUCUAGAUACUUGAAAUGGGUUUUGACAUUUUCUUGCAUACCUGAAGUAGGAAGUAGUCUUUUUCAUAUUCUUAUUUUGUUAAUUUUCUAAUUUCAUCCUCACAAACCAAGUGCUUUAGAAUUUUCAGUCUUUCAUUGCCUCGACGGCAGUGGAGAAGUUGGUUGGAGUCACUUGGCUUGUCAAUAUGAGUCUGAUUUAUUGCACUUACCAAUAGGUUUUUUCUUGGAGGCAUUUUUCUCUGGGAAAUAUGAUUCUGACCUGUUCCUAAAUUACUGUUUAGAACAAAGUUAAAUUUGUUUUUGUUACACAUUCUACUCAGUUGGGCUGUACAUACUGUUAUAACCAAUGUUCAAUGAAAAUGUUUUUAUUUCCA